AUGCCGGAAACAAUGAGCGAUGAUUAUCUAAAUGUACCUGUUCAGAGCGGCUUUUUGUCGCAAGAUGAUAUUAAUGCGCACGCCAUUACUCGCGCCAGAUUUAUGCGCUCCCAAUUAAAAGUUGCCACUGCUGAAGACGUGAAAUUAGUGGAAUUCCCUAACAUUUAUCAAGACAUCAACGUUGCCUCGCGCCACGCGAAACUUCCCAAAUUUAAAUUAGAGACGAUUUUUACAGCUACCUCCCUGGUUGCAGACGUGCGUCAACAACAGCCGCGCGAAUUGUACGAAGAAACGGGAGCGCUCGUCCGCCGGGCCGCUCGACACCGCGCUUCCGCACCUUUCAUAUUAUCAAUCCUUACCACGGAAGACACAUUGAACAACUUCUGUGAUAGCUGGAAAAUGGAGAUGUGUCAGAUGAUGAAGGCGAUGUUGACGAGUACGCACGACGGAGUACGUACGGGUGAGUUGGAAGAAGUAUUUGAAGAAGAAUUGGAAUCAAGCGAAAUUCCUAUAUAG